AUGAAUAAAAUAAAUUAUUUUUCAUUAUUUUGUAUUUUUAUUGUAUCAAUUUUUCAAAUUGGUAAUGCCGCUUUGGUUGAUCCAAAUGAAAUAGUUCAAGCAAAUAAAUUAAUGGAUUUAAUGAAAAUAGCCCAGGGUCCUAGCUACGACCCAUGUUAUCAAUUUGGUUGCGAUAGUAAUAAAGGAUAUAUCAUUAAUAUUGAUCUCAGCAGCUUCCCAAAUUGGGCAUUUAGUUUAGAAGAUGUUGAUUUUAGUGUAUUUUCUCACCUUGAAAUAUUAAAAUUAGGCAAAUAUGCAUUUGGACACUCUAAUAUUUUAACUCAAAUCUCUGGUUUAAACAGCUUAAAAACCAUCCAAACUUAUACCCUUAUAGAAAGUGCCAAUGUUAAUUUACCAAGUACUUUAACAACAAUCGAUUUUCAAAACUUUAAAGGUGUCUUUUAUGCUAAAUGGGUUUCUUCAAAAGUUACAACUCUUAGAGUUUUUAACGUUAUUGAUUUUUCUUUAAGUGGUAUUUUCAGCACAAACUCAAAUCUUUACGACAUUAAAUUCCCACUCCCACCAAGUGGUUUUCCAUCACUCGAUACUAUCUUCCCAAGUAUUACUUCAAUGAUUAUCUAUUGGUCAGAAACAACAUACAAUGGUAAUAUUGUUCCAGCAAGCUAUAUGGGUUCAUUUAGUUUCGAAAGUCUUACAACUUUAAGCUUCCAAUUUUCAGAAAACUUUACCACUACACUUACCAAACCAAUUUAUUUCCCAGACUUUUCAAAACUCACAAAAUUACAUUUUUUCUCUGUUUAUGGUGAUAAUUUUGUUUUCAAUCAAGGUCAAGUAUUAGAUUUAAGUCAAAAUCAAAAAGGAAAAUUACAAUUCAUUGUAGCAAACAGUCAAAUCACUUACAAAAAUUGUUCAGAUUGCAUUAGAUUACCAGAAGAUACUGAUUGCGAUAUAGCCUAUGUCAAUACAAGAAUCGAUUAUAUUGAUUUAAGAAAUUGUAAUAAAAUUCAAUUAACUAACAUCGAGCCAAUUCAAGAACCUACAUUCAAUGGUUUUGAUUUCAAUAGACUCGUUUCUGUUGAUAUUGCUGGUACUAAAUUAUCAGGUGCCCUCCCAGAUGAAUUAUGUAAAGUACCAUUUUCAGGUGUUAACAUCAAAUCUAACUUAUUUACACAACCACCAUCAUGUUAUGUUUGUACCACUGAUAUCUUAAUCAGAAACAACAUUAUUCCAAAUCAAUUUCCAGACUUUACUAUAAUAUCUCCAGCAUCAUGUCCAAAUUUCAAAAUUGAUCAACCAAACAACAGCAUUUACUCUGUUGAAACCGCUGGUGAUAUUAUUUACAUUACCGGUCAUGAUUUAGGUUUUGAUGUUACAAUCACUGGAGAUACUAUUAACAGUGGCUUUGAUAUUCUUAACAAUAGAAUUAAAAUCUUCACCCAACCAUUCUUUGGUGGUAAUCGUGAAGAUAACAAACAAGUAGAUAUAACAUUCUUUAAUCAUCAAACAUUAACCAUUAAAUAUCACUAUGCUGCACCAUCUAUCUCAUCAUACCUUUAUAUUCCCCAAAAUCAAUCCAUCUUUUUCAUUGGAUCCGGUUUUGACUAUACAAGCACCGACAACCAAGCCAACAUUUCUAAUGUUUUAUACAGUUUACCAGCAUAUUUAACAGGUGCACCACAUUUAGUCUUUGAUAACAGUGAACCUACCAUUGCCGAGGGCCAAACAUUUACAAUUAGUGUAAAGAUUGGUGGUCAAACUUCAAAUGUUUCUACUUUUACAUUUAAAUCUAAAAACAUUAUUGUUACAACUGAAAAUAUUAUUGUUACCAACAAUGGUUCAACUGUUACCGUUCAAGGUGAAUUUGUUAAAGCCGACAUCUCAAAAGUUCAAUUAUUAAUUGGUGACGUUUCAUGCUCGAUCGUAUCACUCACUGCCGACUCUCUUACUUUUAAAUAUCCAACUACAAAAGACACAGGUGUUGUUAAUUUUAUUUUAAUUAUUGAUGGCCAAAUAUAUGGCGGCACUGCUACCAUUCAAAAUGUUCUUCCACCAUUCGAAGUUCCUUCAUCAUCAUCAUCAUCAUCAUCAUCACCAUCAGAUAGCAGCAAACAUUCAUCAGUAGAUGACUCAUCCGUCGAUGAAAGUGAAAGUGUCAAUUCAUCAUUAAAAUUAAACUUUUCAAUUGGUUUAGUUUUAUGUUUCUUAAUUUCAACUUUAAUUUAA